CUGAGCAGACACCUAGGAGAGGGCCAUCGUCAGUUCCACUGAGUAAAAAUCAAAAUCCUGAAGACAACAACCACCCAAAACGAUAUCAAACACCUGAACCAUACGCCAGUCGAGCACCUGAACCACAUGCCACCCAACCUAGUCGGGGUAGCAGCUCAUUGUUAACAGCGAGUGACAUUAACAUCCACAGUGAAGAAAAUGAACAUAUGAAAACAAAGGCAGAGGGUGCUGAGCAGACACCUAGGAGAAGGCCAUCGUCAGUUCCACUGAGUAAAAAUCAAAAUCCUGAAGACAACAACCACCCAAAACGAUGUCAAACACCUGAACCAUACGCCAGUCGAGCACCUGAACCACAGGCCACCCAAUCUAGUCGGUCACCUAAAGCUGAUCAGGAAGUUUGGAAGAUAGGGACCAACUUUUACUCAGAAAAAUCUACGCCCCUGUCCUGUGUUAGAACGCAACCAGGAGGUGCCAUUGGUAUAGGGCAGAGGUAUGGUUUCGAGCCCAAUCUUCCAGAAGCUGAGAUUCAACUGCGACUGGAAGAUCUUCGUGAACAGCUGAAGAAGGAAAUUCGUAAAGAAAUGAAAAUAAAAGAAGGGGCAGAGAAAUUACGGGAGGCAACAAGUGACAAAAAAAGUCUGUCCGACGUCCAAAUCAUUGUCAAGAAGUCCAACAAUAAGAUGAAGGAACUGCAACAGGAGCUUCAGGAGUUGGACUUAUACUUACUUAUCUGCAAUCCUGGCAGCAUUCGACCUCGCGACAACACAAUGGGUCAAUCUCCAGAGAGGGACGGACAAAAUCAAAAUGAAAGCAACCCUGUCAACGUACGGAUAUCCUCCUUACAAAAACAGUUUGAUAUAGAAAAUAAGGUAAAACAAGGGGCGGAGAACAUGAUUGGGAUGUACAGUGCUGGGACAUUUAAGGAUAAAAAGAUGUUGGCAGAGGCUCAGCAGAUGUUAAGUGAUGCCAAAACGAAAAUGGAGAUCAUUCGCAUGCAGAUGUUGAAAGUCACUCAGGAUGCUACAACAUCAAAUGUGGAUGUGACCCAGCAAUGUGAGGUGUUAUCUCCCCUUGAGUUACGGAUAGAGGAGUUAAGACAUCACAUGAAGAUUGAAUCGGCUGUGUUGGAGGGUGCCAAAAACGCUCUCCGGCUACUACAAAUGUCCAAGUCUCCGGACAGCAAAGCUGUCAAAGAGGCACAAUCUAGUUAUACGGAAUCCAACCAGAAAUAUGAACUUUUACGAAUCUCAUUAGAAAAACGAAUUGUCGAGCUUGACCCGACGUCAACCAAACUACAACUGCUGAAAGAGGAGUUAAAUGUAGCCACACCAACAAUAUAUCCUCCCAAGGACAAAAAGAAUCAAAAUUCCUCCCCUUUCUCUAAGUCUGCUGCUAUUACAGGAAAGUUAGAAGUCAGGUUGGUGGGCUGUCAGGGCCUAGUGGAGGACAUACCUGGCCGUAAAAAGGAGAAGGAUAAUCUACAAUUACUAUUGUCAAGUCCAGGGGAGAGCAAGAGUCUACUACGCAGGUCAACAAAAACAUACAACGUUAAGGAAGAUUUGUCAAAUGAGGUGAUGGCUGUGCUCAAACUAGAUAAUGUCCAGGUGGGCCAGACAGCGUGGAAGUCCUGUAGUCAGCAAUGCUGGGACCAUCGCACUAGUAUAGACUUAGACCGGUCUAGAGAAUUAGAAAUUGUGAUUUACUGGAAGGACUGGCGACAGAUGUGUGCGGUCAAGUUUCUACGGCUGGAGGAUUUCCUCGACAACCAGCGACAUGGCAUGGCAAUCCACAUGGAGCCUCAGGGAAUACAAUUUGCAGAGAUAACCUUUUUGAACCCAUCAUUAUCCAGAAAACCUAAACUACAAAGACAGAGAAAGAUCUUUCCAAAACACAAAGGGAAGAAUUUCCCACGACCGGGUCAGAUGAAUAUCAACGUAGCCACGUGGGGACGAUUAAUGAAGAGAGCUUUACCCAUUCCAACCCAGUGUUCAGAUAACUCCAAUGUCCUCAGUCCUCCGGGGCCCAUCGCCUCUCCAGGUAUAGUUUCCUCAGACCGAGGGCCACCUAUUCAUCAGAUAAACUUUGAGCCAUUGUCCCCUGAGGACCGACCCCUAAGACUACCAGAGAAAUCUCCUUCCCCAGUGUCCCCGACCAGGGACAUCCCCACCCCACAAUAUGCAACACCCCCACAGCAGCAACAGAAAGAUAUCCAGGAGGCUUUAUCAUCGUUUAAUUUCCUUCCCGAAGAUAACCCAGCCAAUGUGAUAAACCUGGAUGGGGAUGCGUCGGAGUCCAGUCAGCCCCAGAGGGUGCCCUCCUAUCGUAGCUCACAGCCGCCCCCUCCCCUCCCAGACGCCCCUCCACCUCAAGUACUGCAGGAAACGCCCAAGAAACCUUCUGUUAAAAAAAUGGCCCCUGUGCCAGAGCCCGACUUCUCCAACCAGUAUUGUAGAUUUGAUGACUUCCGGCCGAUAAGUGUCCUUGGCAGAGGUCAUUUUGGAAAGGUGAUAUUAGCUGAAUAUAAACAUUCAAAUGAGUACUUUGCUCUGAAAGCUUUAAAGAAAGGUGAAAUCAUGGCACGGGACGAAGUGGAAAGUUUGAUGUCGGAGAAACGUAUUUUUGAGGUCAUCAAUGCCAUGAGGCAUCCUUUGCUGGUUAAUUUAUUUGCGUGCUUUCAAACUGAGGACCAUGUGAUAUUUGUGAUGGAGUAUGCGUGUGGUGGAGAUCUCAUGAUGCAUAUCCACAGUGACGUUUUCACCGAGCCCCGUACUGUCUUCUACGCUGGUUGUGUCGUCCUAGGUCUGCAAUACUUACAUGAGCAUAAUAUAGUGUACAGGGACUUAAAGCUAGAUAACUUACUGUUGGACCAGGAUGGCUACCUGAAAAUUGCCGACUUUGGCUUGUGUAAGGAGGGUAUGGCGUACGGGGACAGGACAAGUACAUUUUGUGGUACACCCGAGUUCCUCGCCCCAGAAGUGCUCACCGAAACCUCCUACACACGCUCUGUCGACUGGUGGGGGCUAGGUGUCCUCAUAUUCGAAAUGCUGGUCGGGGAGUCACCAUUCCCGGGAGACGAUGAAGAGGAGGUUUUUGACAGCAUUGUCAAUGAGGAGGUCCGCUACCCAAGGUUCUUGUCAACAGAGGCCAUCGCAAUAAUGAGGAGGUUACUGCGGAGGAACCCAGAUAGGAGAUUAGGAUCUAGUGAACGAGAUGCAGAGGAUGUCAAGAAACAGGCUUUCUUCAGGAACUUGGUAUGGGACGACUUGCUGAUGAAGAAAGUCAAGGCCCCUUUUUCCCCUACAGUAAAACAUUCAGAGGAUGUAAGUAACUUUGAUGAUGAGUUCACUCAAGAGAAGGCCAUUCUGACUCCAGCCAAGGAGCGAUGCCCACUGAAGCACGAGGAUCAGUUAUUAUUCGCAGACUUUAACUACAUCGCAGACUGGUGCUGACACCUGUUCACCACAGCUCGGCUGGUGACAAUAGUCCGUGGUUUAGUCUCGGUUUAUGGGCUGGCCACACACAUGCUGUCCACACUGAGUUUGCACAUCGCUGGGCUUUAGAACACAAUGCAGUCUAUGCUGCCGUGAAUCAGGCAGUGUAGCUGCUUUAUCAGUGCACUGCUUGUCUGUACAAGUAAACACAUAUAGUUCUGUGAUACAGACUCCUCGGCGUCGUCGUGUGUCUGUUUGGGUACAGCUAGGUAGUGCCUUACUUACUACCCGACCGGUGAACUGCUGUCAAUGUGUCCCCCGCUACGUGCCCCGGCAGCACUGUCAUCAACCAGCCCUAUCGCGCUUACACUGGUGUAGUCGAGACUCGACGAGGACAAUACGUGAAUGCUUAUAUUGAAAAUGUGGAGUACGCUGCACCCGUGACUCAGUGUUGUGUCUAACUGGGGACAAAGACUGUAUCAGGAACUGAUGGGCUGAUCUGCAUUCCUACAACAAACAAUUAUUGUGGUAUUGAGGGUGGACUUUGGAGCCUUACAAUAUAUAUUAUCCCUUUUGGUGUAGUUAAGUCCUUGUGGAUGUAAAACACCGCUAACAUAUCCCGAGUGGAGUGGACAAAGACGACUAAUCGUACGUGGAACUUGGCAUUGCUAAGCAACUUGCUUCCGUUUGUUAACCACCAGUUCGCUGGGAUUAAUAAUAGGGUCAAAAUUUUAGUGAUAUGAUGUAUUAAGACUGAAUGAUUGGGUUUACAAAAAGUGACGAUGAUGAUGUAGGACAAAAUAUACGUUAUUAUUGAACAUUGUGUCCCUACAGGUGUAAAACUAACUGGUUCUUUGUCAAUAGGUAAACAUAAACAUACCUAUCCACGGCUUUAGCAGAAUUAACACAUUUUAAAUCAUUCAGAUCUCCCUAGCUUUGUUAAAUGGUAUACUUGGGGAUAUUUGAAUUCCGUUGUUGUGAGUUAUUGGGUUUGUUCAAUUUCGUUGCAUUGAAAUUUAACUAUUGGCUUAUAUUUCAUUUUUACUAAUAACAAAAGAUAAAUUUACAAACAUCUGAAAUUAACUCUAUUAUAUUUUCACUUGAAAACAAAGAAGUAUGGAGGUUUAUAUCUGUAAGAAAACCUGCGAUCAUUGUGUGACGGAUCGGUGACUGCUGCGUUAUUAUGUAUCGUGCUGUUAUUAUCAGGCUUCUAGGAAGUCUGCGAUUUCGGGCAAUAAAUGUGCUGCAAAUUGGAGAGUGUCUUUCCUGUACUUUUGUGUGUGCGGAUUUAACAAGAUGGUUACGCUGUCGUCGGCGGUUGUGUACGUGUGUGUUAAGAUGUAAGGUGUAUGCGUCGGUAUAGGAAUGUCGCAUAAUGGCACUGCUUGGACAUUACUUGACGUAAGUCUAUGUAGUGUUGGCGUGAGUACAUUGAGUGAACAUUCGUUGUACACAUUAUAUGUCCAAAUUAAUUUGAAAAGUUUUGAGUAUGUCGUGCAUGGUACAAAUUGUAUAUGUACAAAUAGAUUUUUAUUGCAAAUUCUGUUGUGAACAUUUGACCUCAACAAUGAAGAAUGAUUAAACAUGAUCAGAAUUUUCUGUCUGUGGUUGAAGUACUUUGCUGGAAUGCUAUAAUGGUAUAUAUCCAAACAUUGUUUAUUUGUAAGGAAGACAAAAGGCUGACUUGUACUUGAUGUGUCCAGUCCACUGUUCCUAUCAGGUCAAAACGUAGGAUGUUUGCUUGUGAACAACUAUACAUGGUUUGAUAACAUUAUACAUCUCAAAAGAUAUUGUACCUGUUUUGGUAUUGGUAUUGGUAUAGACUUGGUACUCGUGUGAAACAAUUAAAGUAAAAACCUUGUUAUACUGUCACCAUUUGUCCAGAGAAAAUUUGGCGUUAUAUAGGGAUUUGGCGGUAAAUAGAGGGAAAUGUAUAAAAUAAUUCUUUGUAAGAAAACCAGAAAAAAGGACAUCAAAAUAUGUUGGUGGUACCCGAGAUGGAAAAUGGAACAAUGGACAUUAUAACGAGUUUUUACAACAAUUCUAGCUUUCGGCCAUUGAGGAAGUAAGCCAUGUUUUUUGUUACCGUAUACUCAGGCUGUUAUAAUUUGUAAUGAUACAUUUAUGAUAUGUAUUGAUAACCUAGUGUGACAAUCACAAGGAAGAAUUGAUUAUGAUGUCACAAACGUACAACAUUGGCCAGACUGGUGGGGUUUUAUAUCCUCCCAGUGUUAAUCUAAACAAUAUGUACAACAUUGGCCAGACUGGUGGGGUUUUAUAUCCUCCCAGUGUUAAUCUAAACAAUAUGUACAACAUUGGCCAGGCUGGUGGGGUUUUAUAUCCUCCCAGUGUUAAUCUAAACAAUAUGUACAACAUUGGCCAGACUGGUGGGGUUUUCUAUCUUCCCAGUGUAAAUCUAAACAAUAUGUACAACAUUGGCCAGACUGGUGGGGUUUUAUGUCCUCCCAGUGUUAAUCUAAACAAUAUGUGCAAUUUUACAUAAUUUGCAAUAAAAAGAUGCUUAACUUUCUUGCUGUAGCUUUUUUUCAUAGCAAUCUUAUGAAAGAGGAAAGAUAUUGAGGUAUUUGUUUUUAAAACCAUACUGAGAAAAAUACUUAGCCCAAUUUGUCAAAAUAUUCACUGUUCAAAAAUCAAAUGUUG